GAUGUUUCAGCCCGACCGUGUCAAAGACGAACCAAACACCUCAGUGCACAGAGAGUUAGUGCGCGUUGUGUUUUGUAUCAACUCGGCUACCUGGGAUGUUGUUGUCACUUGUCCUUUACUCACUACACCACAGGUAGCCCACGUUAAACCGAGCGAAACGACAGUUUCACCGGAAGAGCUAAAACUACCGCGAGGCUGAGCUCAGCUGUCAGUCAUGCUGCUGGUGGACCCCGGUCUGUACAUCGGCACUGCGGCUGACCUCAAUGACAGCCAGGCCCUGACCGAUGCAGUUAUCACUCACAUCCUGUCUGUGGACUCGGUGGACCCCGCCCCCAUGGUUCCUGCGGGUGGGAACUUCCGCAGGAAGUGGAUCAAUGUUCUGGAUGCGGUGACCUCUGACCUUCUGAGUCACAUGGACGACUGCUUCCUGUUCAUUCGCGAGGCUGUGGAUGGAGGCAGGGCUGCACUUGUUCACUGCCAGGCUGGACGGAGUCGCAGUGCCACCAUCGUAACUGCUUAUCUGAUGAAGAGAUACCAGUUGGGCUUCACUGAGGCUUACCACAGACUGAAGACUGUCAAACAGGACGUACAGGUCAACAGUGGUUUUGAGGAGCAGUUGAGUCUGUACGAGUCCCUGCAGUGUGAAGUGGACACCUCCAGUCCUCUGUACAAACAGUACAGACUGACCAAGAUCACAGAGAAGUACCCUGAGUUGCAGCACAUUCCCAGGGAGCUGUUUGCUGCUGACCCUGCCCACUCCAGCUCCUCUGAAGUGUCCUAUCGUUGCAGGAAGUGCAGACGAGCUCUGUUCCGUGGCUCCAGUAUUCUCAGUCACCCAGUAGGAGAAGGAGCACCGGCCUUUGGUCACAAGAAGUCCAGUAAACUCCCCAGAGACGUCCAGUGUACAUCUUACUUCAUUGAACCAGUGCAGUGGAUGGAACAAGCGUUACUUGGAGUUAUGGAUGGACAGCUGCUGUGUCCUAAGUGUAGCUCCAAGCUGGGCUCAUUCAGCUGGUGUGGUGAUCAGUGUUCAUGUGGUCGAUGGGUCACUCCUGCCUUCCAGCUGCACCGCAACAGAGUGGACGAGAUCCGACAACUCAACAAAUAACACACACUCAAAAAUGAAUUCUGUCUCUACAGGCAGAAAAAGAGAUGGCAGACAGCUCAUCAACACGCAGUCAAGAAGAAUUGUAUGACUGAUAUUUUUUUUAAAUGUAACACUCAUCUUGCACCAGUUAAUAAAGGCAUUUUGUACAGUGAGUGAUAAGAAGACAAAGAAAAAAUCAAGGAAAGAUGUGGGUGACCGUGUAAUUAAACCGGCUUGCACAGACUCUUUCUCUUGUUGUUACUUCAUAACACGUUUGAAAAAAAAAAACUGUUUGCAAACUUCAACAUUUUAAGUUUACCAGAAAAUGGUGCGGAUCAUUUAUUUAAUUAAUCAGAAUUUUCAUCUUCAUCUGCUUAUCCGGAUUUUUAUAAAUCAAUUGCUUAAAGUGGCUUUAAUAAAUAUUUUUAUACUAAUGUGAUAACAAUGACAAUGUGAAAGGGGUUGCUGUUAGUGAUAAACCUACAGAGAAUAAUCACCUGAAUCUGCAGCUCCCCUCGCCUUCACAGAGCUUUAGAGCGAGUUUCAGCUCAUUGUUUUUUUACUGUUCUGGUUCACGCUCACAGCUCUGUGUCGUUUUCUGGACGCACAAGGCAGCAUUUUCCAGAGAAAAGCUCUAAAAGUGAAUGUGACUGUUGUGUUCAUAACUUGUCUCUGCUUCCCCCAAGUGGCCAAACAGUCAGUAAUAGCUAGUUUAAAGCUUGGUGACAAUCCAGUUAAAUCAAGGGUCA